AGCCAAUCCGCGGUGGGCGCCAACGCCCGCGCAGUGAGGGUUACUCUGCGUAGUCGCAGGUUGACGGAGAGGGAAGCCAUGGAUCAGGGCUAUGGUUAUAGUUCCUGGGCUACUGAGGCCACCAGUACUCAAGGUGGCUAUUCAACAAAUCCAGCAAGUUGGCAAGGCUAUGAAGGCUAUGAUUAUUACAGUGCCCAAACCAGCAGCUCUACUACAUCUGAUCCAUACAACUAUGAUGCUGCCAGUGUUGCUGCAACUACCUGGGACACUUCUAAAACUACCGACAUGACAAUGAGUGCUGAGAUGGGCUCUCGUAUGCCAGUUUUAAAUUACCGUACUGGGGCAGUGGGCACAGAAAACUCUGACUCCAUUGUAGCAAAAAUAAACCAGCGUCUGGAUACGCUGUCAAAGGAAGGCAGUGGUGGUCCUGGGGAAGGCAUGGAAGAUCAGGGAAGCUCUUUCAGAUUUGAGUCUUAUGAGUCCUAUGACCCUAGAGCAUCAGUGCCUGAUCGUGACCUGUACAAAACCAGCUAUGACUAUAAUGAAGUCAGAUCAGAUCGGAAUGAUUCUUUUGGAAGCCGCUAUGGUGAUGUUGGUGACCGCAGAGAUCAGCCCCGCAACAGAGGAAACAACUAUGGCUUUGCCAGAGGGAGGGCCCAGAAUCGAGGGCACCCAAACACUUUCAAUCGUGACCACUUCAUGCCAUCAAGUACAGAACGGAUGUCUGCACAAUGGAAUGAGAUGAAUUACAUGGGUGGAAGGAAUAUGGAAGGGCCUGGACCCAACCGGCUUCCAUCACUAUUUUCCCAAGCACUCGUCCCAGAUUAUGGUGAUUAUGGAGACUACGGAGACUAUGACAACUAUGGGGAUUAUGAUUACGGCAUGAUGGGAAUGCAAGGAAUGGGAAUGGGAAGGUUCCCUGGGAACAUGCCCUAUGGCUUCAACAGAUCACGUGGCAGACCAAAGAGGAGACCAUUCCGUGGUCGUUUCGGUGGGCAUUCGGAUUUUGAAAGUGGAUUACGCAAACGGAAACAUCCCCAAAGUGGAGAUGAACCAAGCAGCAAACAGACAAAGACAGAAAGUGAAAGAGUUGACUCUGACAAUGAUAAUGGUGAAGGAGAGGACAAAUCAGGAGAUGAAAGAGAUAAAGGUGAGCAUGAGAGAAGCAAUGAAGAUCUAAAAAGGAAAGCAUCUGGUGAUGGCAUUGAUGAUGAUGAUGAUGAAGAGUCAAAACAAAGAAAAGAUAAGCAGAGGCAGAGGGAUCGAAUGCGUGAUCGUGCUAUGGACAGAAUCCAGUUUGCUUGCUCUGUAUGUAAAUUCCGAAGCUUUGAUGAUGAAGAAAUGGAGAAGCAUCUACAGAGCAAAUUUCACAAGGAGGUCCUGCAAUACAUUGGGACCAAACUGCCUGACAAGACUGUAGAAUUCCUGCAGAAAUAUAUAGUGAACAGAAAUAAGAAAAUUGGGAAGCGCCGGCAAGAGCUAACAGAGAAGGAUGGUACAAAACAAAAACCAGAUCCUUUCAAAGGAAUUGGCCAGGAGCACUUUUUCAAAAAGAUAGAUGCAGCUCAUUGUAUGGCUUGUGAUAUGCUAAUUCCUGCACAACAUCAUCUUCUCCAGAGACACCUGAGGUCUGUUGAUCACAACAGGAAUCGCAGAAUGGCAGCUGAACAUUUCAAGAAGGCUAGUUUCCAUGUAGCUAAGAGUGUUCUGAAUAGCAAGCACAUUGUGAAAAUGCUAGAAAAGUACCUCAAGGGUGAUGACCCAUUUACAGAUGAAAACAUUGUCCAAGAUGUUGAUGACUCUGGAGCCUUAGAGGGGACAGAAGGUGAAAAGGCUACAGAAAGUGCUGAAGUAGAGAGAAAAGAGAGUGCUACAGAUGAGAUCACAACCACUGAAGUCAGUGAAACUGCUAAACCAGAAGGGGAUGAGAGAGCUUGCUCUACUAUAAUCUUUUCUGAAGAUAAAUCUGCAGAGGAGGAGGAGCAGGAAAAAGAGAGAAUCAAGCCAGUAGGAACAACAGAAGGACUGUCUGGCCAUCCUGAAAGAAGGUUUGAAGUGAGAGCAGCAGAAAGCCAAGUGGAGGAACAAAAGCAUUUGGAGAUGGGAGAAGAGAACUCCACUGAAAUGGCAACAGCUGAAAAUAGUGACACCAAGGAAGAACCAGUUAUUGUAGCAAAUGCAGAGCUGCCAUAGGAAUGACCAUAUAAAUGAUUGUAUAAAUUGAUUGUAUGAAGAUGAUUUUGUCUGGCUUAGCUGUAUAAUCCCCCCCCCAAUACACCCGGGGGGGGGGGGGGGUCUUAUGUCAGUGCAGUACCUGUAUGCAUUUCUAGAGUGCUGCCAAUUUUGUUACUGAUUUGAAGAAAGGAAUUCAUCUAUUCUGUUAUGGAAGCAGUCUUGUGCUUCAUUUUGUAUGGAGAAUGGGAAGUCUAAUUCACUUUUAGGUUGGAGGGCGUGCAGAAGGCUGUAUAUUCCCCAAGAAAGAUUUGGUGACAUAUUCAUUGUAGAAUGAACAACACUAUUUGAAAAAAACAAAGUUGUUAAUCGUUCAGCUCCUCCCAGCUGUUAAUUUUUCAGUAUUGAAGGAAUAUAGCUUAAUUUGGAAAUGAAAUUUGCCCUCUCUUCUUUAUGAAGGAGUAGAUUAGUUAAGUGUGUGUGUGUGUGUGUUCUUGCUUGUGAAAAUGUUUGCUCAUUUGAGUUCAUAAAGAAAUGACUUGCUGCCUUGAAAACUGUUACUUCCUUUAUCCAGUUUGCAAUAUUGCAUGAAAAUAGGCAUCUGUAACUUGUUUUUAAGCACCAAGAUGAUUGUGUGUCACACUGGGGUUGUCAUUUCUACUGAGCAGUAUUUCAGAUUUUCUGGCUAGCAAGCUGCAGCUUGUUCAUUAUGCUGGUACAGAGGCAUAGCCUAAAGGAGAAAAGUUAUACCACCACUGAAUCUCUUAUCCUCAUAAUAAAAAUCACAAAUGUAUCAUUCAUGGAGUGAAUUGCCAAAUACUGCCAUGCGAGUAUUGAAGCAGUACCAAGACCAGCAAAAUAAAAGCAGAUUUGUGAGUGUUAGGAUUGGUGCUCAUAGUAUAAAGCUUUAAGAGUGGAAUGGAGCACUAUUUUUAAAGAAAACAACAACCCCCGUCUUUUGUCUUAGCAGUUAAAUAAACUUCUGAAACUGAAAA